GUGGAGGUACUGCUGAUAUUGCAAGACCAACACCUCCGUAAAUAGUACAGGUGUCAACUGCACAAUGAGUGAGGCGAAGGAAGAGAAAAAGGAAGAUGACGAAGAUCCGCGAUUGGACUUCAUCUUUGCGUAUCUCGCAAGAUCGCUGAGAAUAAAAUCCGAAAAAUGGACGAAAAUGUUGAGCAACGAAGACACGAAUAAAAUUGUGAUGGAUUUCUUGGAUAAGACAACAGAAUAUUUGUUAAUUGUCACAGUCAAUACUGCUGGACAGCUUAUACCUAUCAACAGUUUCCCAGUUAACAGUAAAACAAAAUGUUGUUAUUUUAUCAAAUGUUACAAAGAGCCAGUAACAUCUCAGAACUAUCAGAAAGUAUUGCUUUGUGGAGAUAUGUCAUCGAAACCUAUUGAUGAGUUAUCUGUUUUAGUUGCAGAGGUUUUUGUACCUCUUCUAUCAAACCCUGGGAAUCACAGAGGAUGGCCAAAAGUUGUGGCAGAGGAUAUACAAAGACAUAUACAUGAACUCAAAAGCAUUGUGUAUGAAGUUAGAGGAAAAAUUACUGGCCAUACACUACUGCCAAUGCCAGCUGGAGUGGAGAGAGUUCACCAAGCCCUAGUUGAUAUUACUGAGAGCAAAGGCGAAAAAGUAGACCUGUACUUGAAAAGUGCAAUUGAAGGAGUGAUCAUCAAAUGGGCAACACAGAUAAAUGAAGCUGUAAAGGAAGAAUCUUCUGAUGCCUUUGUAAAUGGUCAGCACCCAACACCUGCAGCUGAAAUUUUGUUUUGGAAUAACCGUCUGAAGAACAUGGAAAAUUUGUACCAUCAGAUGCGUGACCCUCGAGUUGUGGAUAUGGCUUCAAUACUAGAGCUGACUGAUAGUGCAUAUUUCCCUUGCUUCAAGUCAAUGUUCCGUAAUGUAGUAGCAGCUGUUGCAGAAGCACGUGACAUAGUCAUAUACUUGAAGCCACUGCAAAAAUAUUUUGAUCAGUUAGAAAAUACCAUCUUUUGUGAAUGUCAACCUAUUUUGUGGCCACUUAUGCAUACAGUGUGCCUCGUGUGGGCAAACAGCCGAUAUUACUGCAACAAUUCAAAAAUUACUGUACUUAUAAAGGAAAUAUGUAAUCUGCUUAUUCAAGAGGCAAUUAAAUACCUAGAUCAAUCUACCAUUUUCCAAGCAGAAGUUGAAGAGUCAUAUGACAAGAUUCUGAAGUGUAUCGAUACACUUGAACUUUUUCAUGAUAUCUUUGAUGAAUGUCGCACAUCUCUAGCAUCAUACUUUAAGGGAAAUAAUGAACCAGUUCCUUGGACUUUUGACACAAAAUUGGUAUUUGAAUAUGAAAAUCAAUUUAUGGACAGAUUGAAGCUAAUUAAGGAGUUCUUUGUGACAGCACUUGAAUUUUUUAAACUUGAGAAAGUUGAGAUUGGAGGAGGGAAGGGGCGAGUACUUGGCCCAAAAGUACAAAAAAUUUACUCUGAUUUUUGUGACUUAUAUGGUCAAUUUGGGAGCAUUACAUACAAUCCAUUUGACCCCACUGAUGAAAGUUUUGUGAAAGAUUAUUCAGUCUUCAGAGAGAAAAUUGAGGACUUUGAUCGCAAACUUGCUACUCUUUUGUGUCAAGCCAUUGAUGAUUGCUACAAUCUUGAGAGCAUUUACAAGUUUAUCAACAUAGCUGGGACCAUUCUUGAACGUGAUAUUGUUAAGACGGCAAUUGAGCCAAAGUACUCUGUCAUUCUCACAAUGUUAGGGGAAGAGAUGGCCACUGUUCAGGAACUUUUUGAAGAACAUCAGAUGCUGUACUCACAGAGGAAGUAUGUGCCCGCUGAUAUGAAUUUCCCUCCAGUUGCUGGAGCCAUUAUGACAAUCCACAAAUUACGAGAGAGAGUUCGACCGCAUAUUGAGAACUUGAAAUCAUUUGAUAAUCCACUGAGGAAGUCUGAAGAAGCAGAAAACCUCAUAAGAAGAUGUGAUAAUUUAUUUGAAUCUCUUGAUUCAUUUGAAGAUUAUAUUUUCACUAAUUGGAUGACCACCGUUCCUAACAUCUGUGCAGAAAAUCUAAAUAAAACCAUAUUAACAAGAAAGAAGGGUUUUACUCUGAACUUAAACUUCAGUGAAGAACUUGUAAUACUUCUCCGAGAAGUGAGAUACUUAAAGAUGCUGGGGAAAGAUGGGAUCCCUGAGGAGGCCAUCAACCUGCAUCAGAGGGAUGAAACAUUUAGACAGUGGAUAUUCAGCCUGAAUGCUUGCAUUAACUCGUACAACCAGAUUAGGCAAUGCAGCCAUCCAGUUGAAUUUGAUUUGGUUGUUGAUGAUAUUGAACAUAUUGACUUAUUGAUUUCUGAGGCACAUGAAUCACUAAACUGGAAUUCUGCAGGUCAAGGAGAACCAUCAGCAGAAGUUCUGUCCACCCGGCAAUGUGGCACACCAGAGCUGCUUUUAGUGUUUCGCAUGGACAGCCGUGUUGGGAUCCAUCCACUAUGA